UUUACCACAGAGAUUAGAGUUAAUGCCCCUGAAGUAUAAUAAACAAAAACAUGUCAGGAAAGGUUAAGAAUCAUUAGAUAAUAUCUGCUGUCCCAAAUAUUUAGCAAUGACGUCUCUGAAAAAGCACUAUCUAGUGAAAGAAAAUGAAGAUGAUUCAGGAAAGAAAUUUACCUCCAAGACCCACAAUAACAAAUCAAUGGCUAAACUUACAAAGUUAUGGAUCAACAAACAGUUGUGUGAUGUUAAACUUAUGGUCGAGGGACGAGAAAUCUUAACACAUCGAACUAUUUUAGCUAUAAACAGUGAUUAUUUUGAUGCUAUGUUUUCACACUGGUAUGAGGAACAUCGACAAGAGACAAUUAAUUUAGAUGGUUUGUCAUACGAUGGUGUUAAUACACUGUUAGAAUAUAUGUAUACAGGAUUACUGUCAUUAACAACUGAUAAUGUACAGAAUGUACUAGUAGCAGCAGAUUUACUACAGAUGGAGGAAAUUAAAUCUCUGUGUUGCUCUUACCUAGAGGAAGCCAUCGAUGCUAGUAACUGCUUAGGAAUGAUGAAUUUUGGAGAAACCUACAACUGUAAAGAAUUAUAUGAUAAAUGUAUACAAUUAAUUAAGUUACGAUUUCCUACUAUAUGUCAAUCAACAGAAUUCUCAUCUUUACCAUUCCAAAGUUUAUUAAAGAUUUUAAAAUUUGACAAUCUUUGUUUGGGUUUUAAUGGAGAAGAAACUGUUGUUAAUGCUGUAGUGCAUUGGUUAGAAAAAAGCUCAGAAUCACGCCUUAUACACACACCAUUGCUAUUUUCACAUGUUAGAUUCAAGUAUGUUAAAGAAUCUGUUAUACAAAAUUUAUUCAGAUCUUCACUAUUUAAAGAUAAUGAAGAUUUACAGAGUCAAAUUAAGAAUCAGUUAGAAACAGAUAAACAAGAAGAAAGAAAACCGAUACAGUCUGUUUUUGUUAUUGGUGGAUUUUUACAGUCAAGAACAGGACCAUUAUGUCCCAGAUUAAAAUCUGUAGAAAGAUACAAUAUUAUUGAAGAUACUUGGGAUAAAGUAGCAGAUCUACCAACAUUAGCAUCUGGGGCUCAGAUUUUAAAUUUCCAUGGUCGUAUGUUUGUUACAGCGUUUGAACUCAUAUCACGACAAAUUGACAGAAAUGAAGAAAAUAUGUCCGUUCUAGAGUAUGAUCCUUUACAUGACAAAUGGAAAGAUGCUACACAUUUUUUCCCUGAAGAAACUCUUCAACUCUUUCAGGAGUGCUUGCAAAAGUGUGGAAACAUCGUUGUGAGUGCUAAAAAGAAUUCAAUAUUCAUUAUUACUGAUAAAUCAGUCUAUAGUUUGCAGUUGAUGUUAGUAGAUGGUGAAAUGUCCUGUAAUAAAGCUGUGACAUUACCGUCUGUUGGCCAUUUUCAGGAAGGGAAGAAUUCCCACUAUAGCUCUAUUAUGUGUGAUAAUAAUUUAUUUGUACUAGGUGGUGAUUUGCAGCAUUCUCAGUUAGAAAUUUACCCCAUUGCUGAUGUGUCUUUAUUCAAUGGUGAGACAUGGAUAAAAAGAGCGAGCAUGCUGGAACCAAGGUCAAUGUUUGAUGUUGUGGAACUUGGUGGUUGUAUAUAUGCAUUGGGUGGAUUCAAUACCAGACGCGUUAAUACUGUAGAGAGAUAUAAUCCACAGGUGGAUCAAUGGACAUAUAUCAGUUGUAUGAAUAAAGAGAGAAGUCAUUUAAAAGCAGUUGUCACCGCUAAUAUGAUAUAUGUGAUGGGAGGUAAAUCAUAUUCAUCAAGUUAUGGUGGAGCUAGAAAAGUAUUGAAUACCUGUGAAACUUAUGAUCCUUCAACAAACAAAUGGACAAAUGUUAAACCUAUGAAUCAUUCAAGAUGUAUGUUUGGUGCUACAGCCUUUUGAUUAGGAAAAACAACCCCUUCCAGAACACUUAAUACAAUGUUUGCAAAAAUUGUCCCAUUCAUCCUUUGGAUUUGACUUCUUGUAUACCUAAUCUGAUUCAAAUACAGAUCUAUAUUUUGUUUCGUUUUUUUUAUUCUUUUGAUGGCCUCUACUACAUGAAGAUCUGAUCAGUUGUACUGGGAGGUCACGUCAGGGGUCAUAUGAGUGGCUUUUGACCCUAUGACAUCAGACAUUGAUUAAUCAACCAGUGUUGACGUUUCUCGUGGUUUACCCACAGUUCUGUGCACAACACGCCAAGAACUUGCCGUAACAGACCGUUUCAUUGGCUAAUUCAUCACAUCAUAACAACUCUUCCACAUAGUGUUGUAAAGACAAGUAAAACAAAAUUUUGAACUAUAAAAAAUGAAACGAAAUAGGAUCUGCGUUUUAAUCAGAUUGUUGUUUACCAGUAUAUUAUAAAGAUUAUGAAUCAGGGCAAGAUUAGACUGGUUUGGAAUACAUGUAUUAAUGUUCAGCCAAUAAUGACUAGGAAUUAAUUAGUCCAAUAUUACAAACUUUGGCAUUAUCACAUUUUUGAGGCCAGUGUCCUAUAAUGUAUAACUGUUUGUUAUCAUAUGAUUAAUAUAUAAACUGUGAUAUAACUAAAUUAUUUACAUGAAUAAAUAUAUAAUUUUGAAUAUGACAAACUGAAAUAAAGUAAUAAAAACAAA